AUGGUCAAAGGUCCAAGUUUAUCAGUUCAGCUGGACCGGGAAACCUUCUCUUGUUCCAUCUGUCUGGAUCUACUGAAGGAUCCGGUGACUACUCCCUGUGGACACAACCACUGCAUGAACUGUAUUAAAGCCCACUGGGAUGGAGAGGAUCAUAAUAACAUCCACAGCUGUCCUCAGUGCAGGAAGACGUUCACACCGAGGCCUGUCCUGCUGAAAAACACCAUGUUAGCAGAUUUAGUGGAGGAGCUGAAGAAGACUGGACUCCAAGCGGCUCCUGCUGAUCACUGCUAUGCUGGAGCUGAAGAUGUGGCCUGUGAUUUCUGCACUGGGAGAAAACUCAAAGCACACAAGUCCUGUCUGCAAUGUCUGGCUUCUUUCUGUAAGAAACACCUUCAGUUUCAUUAUGAAUCAGCUCCAUACAAGAAACACAAGCUGGUGGAGCCGUCCAAGAAGCUCCAGGAGAACGUCUGCUCUCGUCAUGAUGAGGUGAUGAAGAUUUUCUGCCGUACUGAUCAGCAGCUUAUCUGUUCUCUCUGCUUAAUGGAUGAACAUAAAAGCCACGACACAGUCUCAGCUGCAGCAGAAAGGACUGAGAGGCAGAAAAAGCUUGAGGGGAGUCGACAAAACAUCCAGCAGAGAAUCCAGAACAGAGAGAAAGAUGUGAAGCUGCUUCAACAGCAGGUGGAGACUAUCAAUCUCUCUGCUGAUAAAGCAGUGGAGGACAGCGAGAAGAUCUUCACUGAGCUGAUCCGUCUCCUGGAGAAAAGAAGCUCUGAUGUGAAGCAGCAGGUCAGAUCCCAGCAGAAAAGUGAAGAGAGUCGAGUCAAAGAGCUUCAGGAGAAGCUGGAGCAGGAGAUCACUGAGCUGAAGAGGAAAGACGCUGAGCUGAAGAAGCUCUCACACACAGAGGAUCACAACCAGUUUCUACACAACUACCCCUCACUGUCACCACUCAGCCAAUCAGCAUCCAGCAUCCAUAUCCGUCCUCUGAGCUGCUUUGAGGACAUGACAGCAGCCGUGUCAGAAGUCAGAGAUAAACUACAGGACGUCCUGAGAGAGAAGUGGACAACCGUCUCACUGACAGGGACUGAAGUGGACAUUUUACUGCCACAACCAGAGCCCAAGACCAGAGCUGGAUUCUUAAAAUAAUCACGUAAAAUCACACUGGAUCCAAACACAGCAAAACACACGGCUGUUAUUAUCUAAGGGGAACAGGAAAGCAACAGUAAUGAGUCAACAACAGUCUUAUUCUAGUCACCCAGACAGAUUCACUGAUUAUCAGCAGGUCCUGAGUAGAGAGAGUCUGACUGGAUGUUGUUACUGGGAGGUGGAGAGGAGAGGAAGAGUUUAUGUAGCAGUAGCAUACAAGAAUAUCAGCAGAGCA